AUGCCUCUUGGAGGCUCUUCUACAACUGUCGCCCAGCAGGAGACCUCCAAAAUCGCAGUAGUCGAAGACAAAGUGGCUACACUUGCCGACUUACAAGAGCAAUUACAAGUGGCGCAACAUAAAAUUGAAACCCUGGAGAAAGAGCUGGACUCUAACUGUGAUGCCCCAGAAAAGAUAGUAAACUGGCUAUUACGAGAAAGAUCCAAGCUCAGAUCGUCUUUGCAAAGAAGCGAAACGAAUCUUGAGGUCCAAGCCGAAAGGCUCCAGCAAGCUAUGAAAACGGAUCAGAUGCUAUUUGAGGCGCUUGAGGAGAGCUGGAAAGUUAUAGAAGAAGCCAUCCGCAAGGAGGCAGAGCGGACUGAAGAAGUUUCCGCCCUGCGAGAAAAGCUCAGGAUAGCAAAUAACAACGCCGCGGACGAGAGGCAGCUUUCUCGGUUCUUCUCACAGGAGGUCGAAGGCCUACUAAAACUCAUACAGACCCAACACAGCGAGAUCAACCAGCAUCAAUCGGCUAUCAAAAAUCUGAAGAGGAUCAAUAAGGUCCUGGAGGAAGAGAACGGAAAUCUCCGAGCCGAGAAUUCUUCUUCCUCGGCUGAUAGCAAGAAGACACUGCCAACGGAUACGUAG